AUGUCAACUAUCCAUUAUAAAUUCCACUCAUGUGUCACUUAUACAACAAUUACCUUCGAUGAUCUUCAUGUUCGAGUCAAUGAGCUGAAGAAAGCCAUCUAUGAGAAGGAGAAUCUAUCUCCAGAGCAGUUUGAUUUGCUCGUCGAGAAUGCGCAUACCAAGCGAGUCUACAGCGAUGAUCAGAUUGUGCCAAGGAACUCGUCGGUGAUUGUCAGGCGAUGCCCGAGAGAAAACACCAAAGCACCUAAAGUGCAGUAAGUUUUUUUGAUUAUUUCUUUGUGUUUUUCUAAGUUUAGGUGUAAAGAAUGAGUUGGAAUUGCAAGAUAAAGGAAUUUUCUUGCUUCUAAUAACCUUUUUUUGAGUUAUUGGGCGAUGAAUUGAGUAGUUAUACUCAUCACGAACAUCAGCUGUUUUGAUGCCUAAACUAAUAUUUUCAGUGAUCAAAGCACCUCGGGAAUCGUUGGAAAAGCCCCCCAACAGACUGCUCCUGACCUCAGCUUUAUUGACUCGGUAAGUUCCCUCAUUUGAACUCCACGAAUAUUGAAUUAUAUUGUUUUAGAUCGACUUCUCCAAAAUGACCGAGCAAGAGCGCCUAGCACACAUCAAGAAGGUCUCAUCGGAAAAAUAUGCUCAGCAAAAGUAUGUUGCAUAUUCAUUUGUGAUUUCUUUUGCGUUUAGGGUCGAAUAGAAAGGCGUUUUGAGGAAGUUUUAUAUUACUUUAUGUAGUAAUAUCAAAGUUUUGGGCAAAAAUUGUUGAUGGCUUGUCUAACCCGCUUCAUCUUUCAGCUUCCGUCGAACCACGAACGCGUCUGCCUUCUCGGAGCCUCCACCGCCCAACUACACAUGCAAUCGCUGCAGCCGGACCGGCCAUUGGUACAGGGACUGCCCAUUGGUAACAAAACUUUCUCUGAUAUUGGACUUGAUUCCCGCCCGUUUAUGCUCUCACUUCCCCAUAUAGCGCGGGUUUUUUCAUUUUGGCUGGAAUCCCGAUGAUUGUCGGAUUGAUAUUCGACUUUAUUGGCCUGAUGGAAAAACCCGCGGCCCGGACGAAUGAGAGGCGAAAAGAGUGAGAUACGCUGUGAAAUGAAUGCAUCUCGAGUUAAUAAAUGUUAUUAAGCUUUGCAAUCCGCAACAAUAAGUUCACUUUUUUUGAAUUUUCAGCCGUUUUAACCGUGAUUUUCAGCUGAUUUGGGGGCGAUUUUGGGUGUUUUUUGGGAAAUGUGUAGUGAUUGGUGUGGGUUUUGGGUUAAAUUGGAGGUUUUGUGGGGUGUAAUAGGUUUCCUGGAUAUUUUUAUGCAAUUUUUAAAGGAUUGGGGAUCCGAAAAAAAUUGUGAUUGACAUUAUUUUAGAUGACCUUGAUAAAAAUUUUUUUGAUUUUUAUGAAAAUUUUACUUUUGUUUAAAAAGUAUUUGACGGUAAUGUAGAGUUUAUUGGGUGUGUUGAGACUACUGGUGCAGAUUUUUUGUUUAUUUUGAGGUUUAAUUUUGAGCUUGUUUUAGGGUGUUUAUUUAUUAUUUUUUUUUUGGAAUUUUCCACAAAUAUUAUUAGGAAUAUGAAUUUAAAACGGUAUGCAUGGGGCUUAAAAGGGUUUUUUUGGUAUGUCUUGCCUUUGACCGGCUUCAAAAUUUUUAAAAAAUUUAAUGAGAAGUAAAAAUUUUGACUUGCCAUCGAUUGCGGCAUGCAUCAACAGCGAUCCAGAAAAGGAUAAAACCACUACAGGCUACGCAAACUUGUCGAGCAAUUUCAAAUUUUAUAAAGUCUGCCCUAGUCAUACCGAAUAUGGCCAAGUCUUUUCGGACUUGACCAUAUUUGGUAUGCCCGGGACAGAUUUUGUAAAAUUUGAAAUUAUUCGACAAGUUUGGAUAGCCCGUAGUCGUUUUAUCCUCUUCUGGAUCGCUGUCGAUGCGAUGCCGCAAUCCAAAGAAACGAAAGUUUGACUUGAAAAAUGGGUUAAAGAAGUCACGGUUUUCUUGGUCUCGGAUGUGUUUGACAGGCAUAAAGAUCAUUCUGGUAAACGGUAACAGGGUCAUUGAGUAUUAUGUAGCAAAUAGUUCGCAGGGAGAAGUCUGGACCAAGGAGGAAUGAGUAUUUCUGGUUGAUUUUUCAAAAUUUUGGAUGACUGUCUAAAAUAAGGUCGAAAAAGUUGGGUAACAGAAAACAUUCAAGGUCUAACUACAAAAAUUAAAGAGUAAUGGUCAUGAAAUUCUGGAUGCUACAGAAAAGUACCAACUCCUUGGUCCGUCCCGCCAGAUUUUUCCGAGACUCCAUCCUAAACCUCGUUUCAGGUGAAUAUCCGGCGAACCACCGGAAUUCCCAUGGAAGAACUGGUGGAAACGACGGCCGACGACCCUCACGCCAUGCUCCAUCCGUCCGGCAAGUUCAUGGUGCAACGCAUGCACAUGGCCGCGAGAAUUACAUCAAAAGCGAAGCAUCCCCAACUCGGACUCACUUCCUCACCAAAUAUCGAUGAAACGGGACAAUCGCCGCGGCCGCAGGAAGAACCAAUACCCGAGGAAUUGCAGUGCCCUUUGUGCAAGGAGUUGUUGAAGGUAAGAGAGCGGGUUUUGGGCGGGGUGAGGGGGGAUUUUUGAUGACUUUUUUGGUGAGCUAUAGUGAUGUAAAACAAUGUGAAAAAAGUGGAAAGUGAGGUCAUUUUUUUUGAUUAAAAUGGAAAUUAGAAAGAAAGAAGAGAGCAUUUACGGUAAUAAUAUGAAGUUUUGAGUUGAUUGAAGGGCUAGUUUUGACGUGGCAAGCAUUUUAAUGAGAUAUACUUUCUGUGGUUUUAUGACAAGUUGAUGGUUCCAAUGCAAAAAAAUAAUCUUGGUAAUGAGCCAGAAAUUAGUUGGAAGGCAUUUACGUUCUUUUUCAAUUUCAUUUUUACCAUUUGAAGGUAAAAAUCAGACAUUAAUUAUAUUAUCCAUGACAAAAAAAAUCAAAAAAUUUGCUCAGAAAACUGUGUUUUUUGGUUUUUCAUUGAAAAUGAAUGCAACAAUGUCUUGCAACGUAUUUUACUCGAAUAUUUAUUUUGCCAACCAUUUUUUAAAAUUUUAUCAUCCGUUUUCAGGAAGCCGUCCUAACCGUGUGCUGCGGCCAAAGUUUCUGCAUGUCCUGCAUGAUGCAGGUGAUAAUGUCGGACGACACGCGCUGCCCAGGCCAAGACUGCUCCUCGGAAAUCACGAACAACUCGAUUGUCGAAAACAAACAACUUCGCCGCGCCGUGGAAAAGUAUCGCUUGGCCAAGUCCCAACCCACGCAGAAACCAGUGAAUAUGGACGCGAUUGCGAGCACCUUGCCCGUGCCUUUGAUCCCACAUGGUGAUAGUAGUCUUGUGGAUGACGCUCAGGACAAGGUAGGCUAAAAUACGAGGGAUUUUUGGGGGUUUUUGGAGAAUUUUUGGGAUUUUUUGGGGUUAAAAUGAUAAUUUAGGGAAAUUUUUUUUAUUUUGUCGUAUUUUAGCACUCAUCGCAAUUCCCGAGGACUCAUAUGGGCUUGAAUAACCGCUCCGGAGCAACUCCCACCUCACAAACGAAUGGAAAUUCCAUUAUGAACAUUAGUCCCGCAUUGAAUACUGUUGGUAAGUUGAUGAUUUUAAAGGUGAUUUAUACUAUUCUAAGUGGUCAUAUAGAAGUGUUAGGUGGAAAAAAAAAGAUUGUUCUGUUUUAUUCAAGCCAUAGUUUUUGAGAAAACAUUGAAAAUUUUGAAAAUUUGUCCAUUUUUUGUCAUGGAUAAUAUAAUUGGUGCCAAAAUUUUACGAUUUGGUAGGCAAAUUUUGUUAUAAGAUGAGCGUUGAGGUCUGUAAUGUAUAACGGUAGCAUCAAUUUUAAUUUCAGCAUCAACUAACUCCCAGCCAUUGAAAUUGCCAACGGUCGAUCUCACCAAAAUGCUCCCCACCCCGAAACCAGUCAUCCCACCGGCUCAACCGUAAGUUUGCUGACGAUUUAGAGCUCGAUUUUGUGGCCUAAAAUUGGAUUUUUUUGUAUCUUACCCAUAAAUGCUUUUGAUUUUGAGAUUUUUGGAUAUCAAGUUAUUUUUUUAGUCUCGUUAACAAUGUCGCCCCAAUUUCCACACCAACCAUUGACCACAUAGCUCCAAAAGCACGCCCAAAACUCGAUGAUACUGCUCCGCCAGGAACGUUGGAGGAGAGCACGGAGAAUGACGUGGAAAACGACGGAGACGCCCGAGAAAGAGAGGAAAAGAAGAAAAGCAACGAUAUCAACAAAUUGUGGGAGAGUUUACUGCAAAGGGAUGAGGUAAGUGGUGUGAAAUUGAAGGCAGAGGGAUAUGAAGCGGGUUGGGAGGGGUAUUUUUGGCGGGCGGGGUAAGGGGAGACCAAAAUUUGAGGGUCAGUUUGAUGACUAAAGUAAGGUUUUUUUGAACUGGUGAAGGAUUUUAGUGAGGACAAAAAUAUCCAGGACGAUUUUGUAGGGCAUAAAAAGAGGUUUGGAGAGUAUGGCGAGACGGGAUUUUAGUAAAAUUGUAUAUUUUUUUUUUUUUUUUUUUGAUUUUUUUUUAUUUUUAGCCAUCAAAUGUCAAGUCAAAGUCGAAUAAAUUGGACCCAAAACUCCCGUUGGUUGAUAAAAAGCCAAGGGAACGCCAAGACACGGCCUCAUCGACGUCCUCGGACAAGAAACCGACGAAGAAACGAACCCCUUCACCAGAAUCAGAGGCCAAAAACGCCGCCUUAUCAGCGCUACUGGGCGUCUCGGAUAAAAUUACGGAGAAGAUUGCGCCACUUGGAGGCGGUUCAGUCAUCGAUCCGAUCACUGGUAGGGGUUUUGAAUAGUUUUUUGGGAUUUUUUUAUGUUGUUGUAGGUAUUGAUGAAUUUUUAAAAGGAAAUUACUUCUAUGGGGUAUGGAGUUAUAGGUCGAGACAUGUAGCAAAAAAAAUCGCAAAUUUUUUUGAUUCAGAAUAUGUAAAAAUUGGCUGCCCAAUUUUGGUUUGUAAAAAUGAAAAAAUCCUCAGAACUUUUCUCGCAACACCACGCAAAUGCCUUUUUGACCAAGUUUUUACCAAUCAAAAUGCUUUGUUUUGAGCUAAAGUAAGCCCUGGCAUCUUGACAAGCCUUAAAAAUAUCAAGUUUGAUUAAUACUACAAUGCCCUUUUUUUACCUUGGAACUACUAAUUAAGGUGUAGUAUUAAUCAAAUUUGAUAUUUUUAAGGCUUGUCAGGAUGCCAGGGAUUACUUUAGCUCCAAACAAAGCGUUUGAAUUGGUAAAAAUUUGGUUAAAAAGACGUUUGCGUGGUGUUGCGAGAAAGGUUCUGAGGGGUUUUUCGACCUUACAAACCAAAAUUGGGCAGCUAAUUUUUACGUUUUCUGAAUCAGAAAAAUUUUGCGAUUUUUUUGAUAUACGUCUCGACCUGUAACCCCAUACCCCAUAGAAGUAUUUUACUUGUUAAAUUAGGUAUAUAUGUGUGUGUUUUUGGCAAAAGAUUUGUAUUUUUAGGCCGUCCAACGCUCGGAGGAGCCUCGAAGCUGAGUAGCCGAACAAGGAAACGCUCGAAAAGCCCUCUGGCGACGAGAAGGUCCAAUCGCUCCAGGUCUCCCCGAGUCUCGAAACGAAAACCGGAACGCCAACGAGAGGAAUCGAAAAAGGACAGAGAUUCCAGAAGGCGAAGAUCGAGAUCCCCAGAACGAAGGCGAAGCAACAAGGAGAAGUCCAAAUCGCCGAGGAAACGAUCUCACCGACGAAAACGUUCGAGAACCCCGGAGGAUGACGAACGAAAAGAGACGCCAGAGAAAAAGAGACGCCAACGGAAGGAAUCGCAACCUCAAAUUGAGAAGGAGGAGGAAGCUGGCAAAUGUAAGAAGUGGUUUUGAGAUUUUUUGGAGCGUCUGAGAGCUGUUUUGAAAUGAUUUUUGGUGAUAUAUAGGUCAUGGAGAAUAUAAUUUUUGAUUUUUUUUUUUUAAUUUUGCGAUUCCAGCCGACACUCCGACCAAAUUGACCGCCGAGGAAAACGAAAUCGACAAUGUGAUCCAAGAAACGAAAGAGAAACUCAGAACUUUUUCGGCGACAACUUCGGAGACGGAUAAGUCGUCUCCAAGCGAAAAAAUGGAAAUCCCCUCGGAAAAAGUGGAAGAAGUCUUUGAAAAGGAUGAGGAAAUGGAAAAAGAAAAGCCUGAAGAAGAAGAGAAAGAAUUAGAAAAGCCUCCGCAAAAAGUGUCGAGUCCGAAAUUCAUCGAUGAAACGAAAUUGAUCGACUCUUUCCGGCCGGUGGAGGAAAUUGAAAAAGAAAAUGGAAAAGAGAAGCCAAAGGUAAAAGAAUUGUUGAUGAAAUGUAUGAGUGGGGCAUUAUAGAGGAUUUGAAGGGUAUUUUUGGAGGAAUUGAAGGGUUAUAGAAGCUGAAAUUGAGCUUUGAAUAUGAAUAGAUGUCAUGGAUAAUAUAAGGUGAAAAAAUAAUGAUUUUGGGAUGAAAUAGGAUUGAUUUAGUAAGAACUAGAUGUAGAAGGGCUUGAUUGAGUAUUUGAAUGGUUUAGUUUGAGGGAUUUGGAUUUGUAGUAGGCAUAGAAAUGCAAAAAUUCUGACCUCAUAGAUAAUAUAAUUUGAUGUUGGGUAUGGACUGAAAAUUGCUGGAAUUGGAAAAGUAAAGACAAAAAAGACAUGUGAUUGGCUUUUUUUGAGAGAUCUGGAAAUUUUUGGGGCUUGCAACAGAAUGCCAAGAAAUUUUUUUUGAUUUUGGAAAUUUUCGGAUUUUUUAAAAUUUUUGGACUUGAGAGUAAAAGUGAUGAUUGAAAAUUGAUUUUUAUAGGUUUUUAGGAAAUUUUGAGAUUUUUUUAAACAGUUGACAGUUGAUUUUUAGAGAUUUUUUACUAAAAUUUUAAUUUUUUAGGAAGAACCCAAACAUCACGAAUAUGAGAAUGAAAUCGCCCUAGAAGAGGAGGAGGACGAAGAAAAUGGCCACUCGCCCCGGUCGGAUCAUGAAAAUAAUAAUGAGAAAAGGGAAUCCGACUCCUCGGAUUCUUCGGACGACGAAAAAUCAGAGCGAAGGAAGAAAAAAGCGGACCGAAAGUUGUCGAGAGAAGAGCGCAAAUCCGAAAAGAAGAAGAAAAAGAAGCACAAGAAGCACCACAAAGACGACAGAGAACACAAAAAGAAGAAGAAACGAGAGCGGGAGGAGAAAUCGACCGAAUCCCGCAAAAGACGGCGCUCCAGCUCCGAUUCCGACGACGAAUCCACGAAAAAGAAGAAGAAAAAGCACAAGAAACGCGAUAAAUAA